GCUGGACUGUAUGCUUGCUUUCUCUGAACUGCAAUCACUGCAAUGGCGGAUUACGAUACCUACGACGACCGGGAUCGGGCAUAUGGCAGCUUUGGUGGAGGAAGAGGAAGGCCCCGAGGAGGUGGCGGCCCUGGGGGGCCCCGAAAGCAGAAGGAGUUGCCUACAGAGCCCCCAUACACUGCCUAUGUGGGCAACCUGCCCUUCAACACAGUGCAAGGAGACAUUGAUGCCAUUUUCAAAGACCUCAAUGUCAGGAGUGUUCGGCUAGUCAGAGACAAAGAGACAGACAAAUUCAAGGGUUUCUGUUAUGUUGAAUUUGAUGACUUGGAAUCCCUAAAAGAAGCCUUGACGUAUGAUGGUGCUCUCUUGGGAGACCGGUCACUCCGAGUGGACAUCGCAGAGGGACGUCGGCAAGAGAAAGGUGCUGGAUUUGGUUUCCGAAAAGAUGACAGAGGCCGGGGUGGCUCACGUGGUCCCAGAGGAGGGGGGCGGGAUUCCAGAGAUGACUACGACCAAUCAGGAGGAUAUAGAGAUGAUGACUUCAUGGGUGGGAGGAGUCGAGGCGGCGGGCGUCCUGGGGACAGGAGAGGGGGUGGCUCCGGAGGCAUGGGAGGGCGCUACAGAGAUGGUCCACCUCGUGGGAGUAAUGCGGACUUCAGAGAACCCUCUGACGAGGAGAGGGCACAGAGACCACGACUACAGCUGAAGCCACGCACAGUGGCCGCUCCACUGAACCAAGUCGCCAACCCCAACUCUGCCAUCUUCGGCGGGGCAAAGCCACGGGAGGAGAAUUAGUAAAUGGAUGUGGCUGCGUUGUUCAGGAAUACUAUACUGGAUUUGGCUUCGUUCAAAAAUCGCCCAAAGAGGGCGAUGUGUCCCACCUCCACCACCCCCGUUCCCACACCAAAAGCAAGUAACUGGGACAGGUACCUAUUCAAUUCUGCGCCUUUGGGAAAAGAUGUGUAUGAUGUGAUUUCAUGAUGUGUAAUUUCUCUGUUCCUAAAGGCAUCUUUUGUGUUAUGCAGUAAUAACAUUUGUUGACAUUCAACAGUCAAGGCUGUUGUGUGUGUGAUCUUCCAUUGCUGCUGUCUUUGCGAAGUAAGUGUUUCACCUCCACUCUGAAUUGAUUAGUAUAACAACGGGGACAUUUUGUCACUGAAUUCUGGCAUCGUUUUUAAAAGAUUUUUGACCGGAUUUGGUUCAGUCAGCGUGACCGUAGCUUUAUGUCCAUUUCAACUAGAAAAGCGACUUCAGUGUGCAGCAGAGGUAAACGAAGCCCCAGAUAAAUGGUAGUUCUUGUCACUCUAACAGGUAUUCACUCUUCAAAAUCCACUGAUACAUAGGAAAGCCUAUGCCAAAAACUGCUCUUUCAAUUUAAAACUGACUUAAACCACCUACAUAUAGGAAAAUAUAUGAAGACAUAGGAUAAAGUAACCUAUCUGAUUUUCUGUCUCAGUCUAGAGUGCACGAAACAUUCUGUGCUCUAGUCUCACUGCCUGUAGAUCAAACGCAUAAUGCUUGAGGACGUGUUUUUUGGAACACUUAACUGACCUUUUCUGGGUGUGAAAUUGCAUAAGUGACGCCUUUUUUUUACUCUACAUUUAGACCAGCUCUCUUUGUCCUUGUUUUUUUUUUUUCCUACACGGUUUAUGGCAAUAAAGUGUAACUUCUACAGACGUUUUUAAGAAUGUGUGUAAAUGGAAAAAAAGCCUUCAAUGCGGUGUUUGUUCUCCUGGCUCAUUUUUUUGUCCUGAUGGGGUGGCAUUUAGUGAGGUUAGAAAAACCCAUUGGUGUGCCUCCCAGGGAGAUAAGUUCAGAACUGGAGAGUUCUUCUGUAUGGGUACUUCUGAAAUUAUGGACUUUUCAUUGGAAAUCCUGUGGCCUGCUAAUUAUGGGGGUGGGGAAUAAUAUUAUUGGGAAUAAAUAACUUAAAUCCAUUUAACUUGCUGAUUUCCAAGGUUGCUUCCAUUGCCUGGUGUGGGAUCAUUUCCAGAGUAGUAAAUUGGUUGAUAAUUUCUUCUUGUUUGUAAUUAUUAAUCAUGGCAGCUCAUUUUGGUGGUUUUAAGCAGUUCUCUCUUGGCAUUUUAGAACUCGGUUUCCUGUAGAAGAGUGCAGAGAGAGGGUCUCUGUACUCUUGUGUGACAGUGCUCAGGUAUUUUUUUUUUUUUUUUUUUAAUUUCUGUUCAGCUGUCGGGAAGAAAUCUGAUUGCGCUGUAGGUAUUGGUCAUAGAGGAAAGUGAAGAUAAGAUCUCUAACUGAAUAGUGCCAGCUUGCAUUUAUUCAUAUUUGAGUUACCAGCUGAGGGUAUGAGUGACAAUGAAUUUCAUUUAGUUUGCUGUUUGUGAGCCAGUUGAUUUUAUGCCUUCAGUUUAAAUGCUGGAAAGCUGGUAAGUACGCUAAGCCACUUGGGUUUAGGUUGUUAAUGGCAAGCAUUAUUUUAAGGCUGUAAACUUUACUGAUAGCUGAUGUUUUACAGAGCAGAAUUCUGUAUUUGACUUUGGAAAUUGGAUUGAUUUAAACUAGCUAAGCCUUCAGCGCUUGCAAACCUCAGUCUGAACAAACUGUCAUUUUUUAAAUUACACAUAAUGAGUACUGCACUCUGCUUGGACAACUCGAAAGGAAAUGCCAAGAGAGAGUUUGUCAUGGGCUGAGAGCUUUUGAAAACUUACCGGCAUAGAACCAUAUGUGGCACAUGGGAAGCAAUCUUGGUGUUUAUGCUUUGAACCUGCUACAUGGAGAACAGGUCUGGCAUGCAAUUUGUGUGUAAUUCUGUAAGAACCAUUUGUGUAACACUGUUCAAACCAGCAGGACACAGUGUUUGGAUUGUAUUCAAUGUGAAGUUUUAAUUCCAGACUGAAUUCACAUCUUGAGUGUGUGAAGAGAGGAGUGAUUGAUGGAUUAUAUAUUUUUCUUUAUUUUGACAGGGGCAAGGGUUGUUUUGAGUUUCUGUUUUGAUUCAGUUUUAAACAUACCAUCCCAUGUUAUUGUUUCACUCAUGUCAACCGAGUUGACUUUUUAAAUGUAAACGAGAUGAACUCACUCUUCACGGAUUCUGCUUCGUAAGGAAAAUGAUAAAAAGGUAAAUUUAAAAGGAUUUGGUAUUUUGUGAAUGAUCUUUUAAAUAAAAGAACCUCAAAGAACCAUUGUUUCCCUGUAUUGUUGUUCUAAACUUUAAUUUGGGCAGAAGUGUGUCAUAGUGG